UGGUUCUGUAUCCCUGGGCCGGCGGAGAACUACGAUUUAUAUGUAAAAUUGACUUCUUUAACAAAUGCUUCUGCGCUUUAAUUGCACAAAAUGACGUCAAUUAUCAAGCUGCAUACUAUAUCCGGGGCUAUGGAUGAGUCCCCGCCAUGCUAUAUCCUACAGAUAGACGAUGUGCGAAUUUUACUCGACUGUGGAUGGGACGAAAAGUUUGACGCCAACUUCAUAAAGGAACUAAAGAGGCAGGUUCACACCCUGGAUGCUGUGCUGUUGUCUCAUCCAGAUGCAUAUCACCUGGGCGCUCUGCCUUAUUUGGUCGGAAAACUAGGUCUGAAUUGCCCCAUUUACGCCACCAUUCCCGUGUUUAAAAUGGGCCAAAUGUUCAUGUACGAUCUGUACAUGUCUCACUUCAACAUGGGCGACUUUGAUCUCUUCUCCCUGGAUGAUGUGGACACUGCCUUCGAAAAGAUCACUCAGUUGAAAUACAACCAAACUGUUUCACUGAAGGGCAAGGGUUAUGGCAUAUCCAUAACGCCUCUAAAUGCGGGACACAUGAUCGGCGGCACCAUCUGGAAGAUCGUCAAGGUUGGCGAGGAAGAUAUUGUUUAUGCCACCGACUUCAACCACAAGAAGGAACGCCACUUAAGUGGCUGCGAGCUGGACAGACUACAGAGACCUUCGCUCCUUAUUACCGAUGCGUACAAUGCGCAAUAUCAGCAAGCCAGAAGGCGGGCUCGCGAUGAAAAGCUUAUGACAAACAUCCUGCAGACGGUGCGCAACAAUGGCAAUGUUCUAAUAGCUGUAGACACGGCGGGACGCGUCCUGGAACUAGCCCACAUGCUCGACCAACUGUGGAAAAACAAGGAAUCAGGUCUAAUGGCCUACUCGCUUGCCCUUCUUAACAAUGUGAGCUAUAACGUAAUCGAGUUCGCCAAAUCUCAGAUCGAGUGGAUGAGCGACAAACUCACGAAAGCCUUCGAGGGAGCUCGCAACAAUCCCUUCCAAUUCAAGCACAUCCAACUCUGUCACUCGCUGGCGGACGUCUAUAAAUUACCCGCCGGCCCAAAAGUGGUACUGGCCAGUACCCCAGACUUGGAGAGCGGUUUCACGAGAGACCUCUUUGUGCAAUGGGCCAGCAAUGCCAAUAACAGCAUUAUCCUAACCACGCGCACUUCCCCAGGCACUUUAGCCAUGGAACUGGUUGAGAACUGUACGCCGGGUAAGCAAAUCGAGUUGGACGUCAGGCGAAGAGUUGAGCUAGAAGGCGCCGAACUAGAGGAAUACAUACGCACACAGGGCGAAAAGCUUAAUCCUCUCAUUGUGAAGCCCGAUGUGGAGGAAGAGAGCAGUUCAGAAUCCGAGGACGACAUCGAGAUGAGUGUCAUUACCGGCAAGCAUGAUAUUGUUGUCCGCCCAGAGGGUCGACAUCAUUCCGGUUUUUUCAAGUCUAACAAAAGACAUCAUGUGAUGUUCCCCUAUCACGAAGAAAAAGUCAAGUACGAUGAGUACGGAGAGAUCAUUAAUCUGGAUGACUACCGCAUCGCAGAUACGGGGGGAUACGAUUUCGUUCCAAUGGAAGAGCAAAACAAGGAGAAUGUAAAAAAGGAGGAACCAGGGCUGGGACCAGAUCAACAGGCUAACGGAGGCAUUGGCGACAACGAUGUUCAGCUGCUGGAAAAGCCCACAAAGCUAAUUAACCAACGCAAAACCAUCGAAGUGAAUGCUCAAAUCCAGAGGAUCGAUUUUGAAGGUCGCUCUGAUGGCGAGUCUAUGCUCAAGAUUCUUUCCCAAUUGCGACCAAGGCGGGUAAUCGUAAUUCACGGUACUGCAGAAGGUACCCAGGUGGUGGCCAAACACUGCGAGCAAAAUGUGGGGGCGCGCGUUUUUACCCCCCAUAAGGGUGAAAUCAUUGACGUCACCACUGAGAUCCACAUCUAUCAGGUACGCCUGACGGAAGGACUUGUCUCCCAGCUGCAGUUCCAAAAGGGCAAAGACGCGGAGGUGGCGUGGGUUGAUGGUCGCCUGGGCAUGCGCGUGAAGGCCAUCGAAGCUCCUAUGGACGUAACGGUGGAGCAAGACGCAGCCGUGCAGGAAGGCAAGACGUUAACACUGGAGACGCUGGCCGACGAUGAGAUACCUAUUCAUAACUCGGUCCUCAUUAACGAGCUUAAGCUCUCCGACUUUAAGCAGAUUCUCAUGCGCAACAACAUUAACUCGGAAUUCUCCGGCGGCGUGCUUUGGUGCAGCAAUGGAACUCUUGCAUUGAGGCGCGUCGAUGCCGGCAAAGUGGCAAUGGAGGGCUGUUUGUCCGAGGAGUACUACAAGAUCAGAGAGCUGCUCUACGAGCAAUAUGCUAUUGUUUAAUAAACUGUUCUUGCUUGUA